AAUUGAAAAGCGUAGUUGAAUUUGCGAAAACGAACGCGCCGUAAGAUUUUUUCAAACUGAACCUUUCUCUCUGACUCUGCAUACUUCAAUACAAUGCAGCUUAUAUAUCCACAAUUUCACCCUUUUGGUCACUCGUCGAGCGCGUCUGGCUCUUCUCAGUCAGUGUUUGGGCAGCAGAACAAUUCAAGUAACAGUCCUUUUGCUCCCAAGCCAUUUGGUAGUCCAACUCCAUUUGGAUCGAUUGCGGUUAAUUCUACGUCAGGGAGUACUUCCACAGGUGUAUUUGGUGCAGCUCAAACGCCGUCUCGCUUCUCUUUCGGUGGUAGUUCAAUGCCUGCAUAUGGAGCAUCUUCAACUCCUGCUUUUGGUAGUUCAAUGCCUGCAUUUGGGCCAUCUUCAACUCCGGUUUUGGGAUCGUCAUUCUUUGGUCAGGUGCCUGCUUUUGGAGGUUUUGGCUAUACACCUACUCAAAUAAGUCCUUUUGGAUGCUCCAUCCAACCAGCAUUUGGAAGCAGCAUAUUUGGUUUAACAGGCCCCCCUGCUUUUGGUUCUACAGGCACUGCAUCUGGUGCUACCGGUGCCCCUGUUUUUUGUGUAACCAGCACCCCUGUUUAUUUUGUAAUCAACACACCUGUUUUUUUUGUAACCAGCACCCCUGCAUUUGGUUCAACCUCAACCCCGGCUUUUGAUUGCACAGGGGGUGCAUUUGGCAUGUCAAGCGCUCCUCUGUUUAGAGGUGAGGGAACAUUUGGGGCUUCAAGUAAUCAUGCAUUUGGUUCAUCAAGCACACCUGCAUUUGAGGCCUCCAGCUCUCCUGCUUUUGGCGCUUCUGCAUUUGGUCAAUCUAGUUCUGCAUUUGGUACCAACAGCACAUUUGGGCGUACAACCUCAACCUAUGGAGGAUCGCAUACUCCUGCUCCGGGUUUUGGAAAUGCUGAUAUUGGGCAGUCGGGAUUUGGAGGACAACGAGGUGGAAGUAGAGUAGCUAGUUACUCAGCUACAACUGAAGCAAAUUGUGGACGUCUUGAAAAAUUGGAGUCAAUAUCAGUCAUGCCUGUUUACAAAGAUAAAAGCCAUGAGGAGCUAAGAUGGGAAGACUAUCAAUUGGGAGAUAAAGGUGGACCGCUUGCCUUUGCUCCUCAGCCAACUGGUACGGGCAGCUGGAAGUUACCCGGUUGCCUCUGCUCCGCAGCCUUUCCUCAUUCAACUGUAUUUUGUCCAUCAUCAUCCAAUCUUUCCAAUAGCACAACACCUAAUUCUUACCCAUUUGUACCGAAUACUUCUACAUUUUCUUCUGGAUUUGGAACAUCAGCUCCUGCCUUCAGUUCAUCGGCUUUUGGUUUAUCGACAUCAGCAGCAGCACCUUCUACUUUUCCCUCAUCCACACCUCUGUUUGGUGACAAUUCUUCGUCGCAGGCAUUUAGACCAUCUGCAUCCCUGUUUAAUACUGCUGCUCGAGGUACAUCUGCACCAUUUUUCACAAGCAGUUUUCGCAACACUCAACCAUCCCAAUUAUUUAGCUCUGCAGCCCCUACAAAUGCACAGUCUGCUUCUGAUUUCGGUCAGAAUACCGCUCCCAUUGGGCAGACUGCUGCUUUAAGUCAAUCAAGCUUGUUCAGUUCACCUCCAUCUGGGCUUGUUGGAAACAUUUACUCAAGCGGUGCAUCACUCUCAUGUAAUGAUCCAACAGGUUUUGGUCAAACAGCGCCAUCAGUGUCAACGCCAUUCCAAUCUGCACAACCUGCUCAGUCAAGUGGCACUUUUUCCUUUAGCAACUUUGCCCGGACACAACCUGCUGGUGCAAGUAGCUCCGGUGGAACUCCGGGCAUGUUUGGUCAGAAUAAUGUUGGACUUCGGGCUAUUCCCCAAAGUUCUAUGGUUGCACAAGCAGCACCCAUUACAGACCCAUUUGGAACACUUUCUGCAUUUGGCACCAACAGCCCAUUUGGGAGUACGACCUCUGCUUUUGGAGGUCAGAGUUCUGCAUUUGGAUCACAGACUCCCACUCAAGCAUUUGGAAGUACUGGUAUUGGGCAGUCAGGAUUUGGAGGACAACGGGGUGGAAGUAGAAUAGCUAGUUACUCGGCUACAGUGGAAGCGGAUAGUGGUGCCUCUGGACAUACGGCAAAGUUGGAGUCAAUAUCAGCCAUGCCUGUUUACAAAGAUAAAAGCCAUGAGGAGCUAAGAUGGGAGGACUAUCAUUUGGGAGAUAAAGGAUCAUCAGCGUUUGGUCAGAAGCCUGCUUUUGGAGGUUUUGGCUCUAAUCCUACUCAAACAAGUCCAUUUGGAAGUGCCACCCAACCAUCACAACCAGCAUUUGGAAGUAACACCCAACAGUCGCAACCAGUAUUUGGAAGCAGCAUAUUAACACCUUUUGGCGCUUCAUCCCAGCCAGAAUUUGGUUCGACAUGCACUCCUGCAUUUGGUGCUACUAGCACCCCUGCGUCUGCCUUUGGUGCACCCAACAGUUGCAUGAUUCAAUAGACAUGAAUGAUUGAUUUUGGUUAAACAUAGAUGUGGGAGAGAGCUAUAUUAUUUAUGUUUGGGAAAGAUUAUAACGUUUGUUUUAUAUUAUUUACGUUUUUUUAAAAGUGUGAUAGAGAAAAGGAGUUCCGAAGUUCACACACAAUUGUUGGUUGUAGUUGAUAUUGUUUUAUAAUUGUGCUAUUGUCACUUCAAAUAUACUUUGCAAGUACUCUCUUGUCUUAUACUAAAAUAAAAUGCAAGAUUUCAGGUUCUCCAUUUUUCUAUAUUAAA